UAGCGCAGGCGCAGUGGCGUCACGUGUGCGCUUCCUGGAAGUGCAGUGGGUCAGCCCUUGGAAUUUGCUGGCGAGCCUUGGAGUUGUUACAGUGAUGGCUAAGUCCAGCCUGGGGCAGGAUUCCGACAGCACCGCCGCGGUGGCGGUGCUAAAGCGGGCAGUGGAACUGGAUGGAGAGUCUCGGUACCAGCAGGCUCUGGUGUGUUACCAGGAGGGGAUUGACAUGCUCUUGCAGGUUCUGAAAGGUACCAAAGAAUCCAGUAAAAGAUGUGUUCUCAGAACAAAAAUCUCCGGCUACAUGGAUAGAGCAGAAAAUAUAAAGAAAUACUUAGAUCAAGAAAAAGAAGAUGGAAAAUAUCACAAGCAAAUUAAAAUAGAAGAGAAUGCAACUGGUUUCAGUUACGAGUCACUUUUUAGGGAAUACCUACACGAGACAGUUACAGAAGUUUGGGUAGAAGACCCUUAUAUUAGACAAACUCAUCAGCUAUAUAACUUCCUUCGGUUUUGUGAGAUGUUGAUUAAGAAGCCAUGUAAAGUAAGGACUAUUCACCUUCUCACCUCUGGGGAUGAAGGUUUUGGGAACACACAGCAAAGUAUUGGCCUUGAAGAAAUAAAGCAGUCCCUCAGGAGUCACGGCGUGGUGUUGGAAAUAAACUACUCUUCAUCUAUACACGACCGAGAAAUUAGGUUCAACAAUGGAUGGAUGAUUAAAAUCGGAAGGGGCCUUGAUUAUUUUAAGAAACCACAGGGUCGUUUUUCUCUUGGAUAUUGUGAUUUAGACCUGAGACCAUGUCAUGAAACAACGGUGGACAUUUUUCACAACAAACACACGAAAAAGAUAUGAUGCAUAAUGACCUAAGUGUACGUUUCUGCUAUAGGUGACCUCAGCUAUAGGUGACCUCAGCUAUAGGUGACCUCAGCUAUAGGUGACCUCAGCCCAUUUUCUGUUGCUAGAACUGAACACCACACACUGGCUACUGUGUAAAGGAUAGAGGUUUGGGCUUUGGUGUCUGGGGAGGAUCUUCUGCAUCCCACAUGGCAUAA